AUGGCAAAGGAAGAUUCGUCGUCCUCUUCAGAUGUAGACGUGUCCUCAGAACCCGCGCCAUCGCUGGCCUCCAUUGCGGAGAAUCUUCAUCGGUCUGCCAUUGAAUCGGCUCGAACUGUGCAACAGAGCUCCUCAACUCAUUUCCGUGCCUUCCAGAAUUUUGUACCAGAAGCAGUAUCACAGUAUAGAACAUAUGAAGAUGCUUUCAUCAAUAAAGUUAAAGAUGGACUGAUGAUUGCAAAGGAGAACCCAGCUUUAGGUGCAGGAGUAGCAAUUUCUGCUGCUCUUUUGGUUAUGCGAGGCCCAAGAAGGUUUCUGUUUCGUAAUACAUUGGGUCGAUUCCAGAGUGAGGAGGCACGGUAUGCUAGAACUGAGAAGAAUAUAAAGGACUUGAACCUUUCAGUGGAUUUACUGAAGAAGGAGAGUGUAAAAUUGCUUCAAAGGACAGCUCUUGCUGAGAAGGAAAUGAAAUACGGGCAUACCGAACUACUGAGCGCUGGAACCCAAUUUCAACAGCUGGCAAAAUCAGCAUACAAGGUUGAAACCCGCGCUGCCGAUUUGCUAGACAAGCUGCGCUAUGUACCUAGUCGUGAAGCUCUGGCACUUCGAGCUGAGGCAAGCCAACUUUAUCUGUGUUGCUUCUAUGGUUUCAAAUUUGAAGCGUCAGAGAUCUGCGCUGAACAAACGGAUAGUGAAGAUCAACGAGUUAGGGGUUCCUGUGUGAGUGAAUUAAUGGACUAG